AUGACUGAGAGGGCUAAGCUGAUCUCGGCAUUCACCUGUCCAUUCGGACACUUCCAAAGUGUACGAUUUGUGCGGCUAUCACCCGAAGAAGAAGCACUUGUGGAUCAGGAUGUGUUAGACUACUUGAAGUUGGACCCUCAGUCGCUGAGGGAUGAAAUGGAUGUGGAACGCAGUAUGACACCGCUAGUGGAGCAAAUGACGGUUUUCAGACGCUAUAUCCCUGCACCAUCCCAAAUGGGGCAAGUCUUGGGGCGCAGUUUAUAUAUCGACGACAUCGUGCAUGGGGCGGCCACGUGGGAUCAGCUAUGCGGUAAUUUAGAUGCAUUGCUCUAUCGGUAA